CCGGGGCCCGCCCGCCGCGUCUCUUGCAGUUCUGGGAGGUGAUCAGCGACGAGCAUGGCAUCGACCCCACCGGCACCUAUCAUGGCGACAGCGACCUGCAGCUGGAGCGGAUCAACGUGUAUUACAACGAGGCCACCGGUGGCAAGUACGUGCCCCGAGCCGUGCUGGUGGACCUGGAGCCGGGCACCAUGGACUCUGUUCGCUCGGGGCCCUUCGGGCAGAUCUUCCGCCCGGACAACUUCGUCUUCGGUCAGAGCGGUGCUGGGAACAACUGGGCCAAAGGGCACUACACAGAAGGCGCGGAGCUGGUCGACUCGGUGCUGGAUGUCGUGAGGAAGGAGGCUGAGAGUUGUGACUGCCUACAGGGCUUCCAGCUGACCCACUCCCUGGGUGGGGGGACUGGGUCUGGGAUGGGCACCCUCCUCAUCAGCAAGAUCCGAGAGGAGUACCCUGACAGGAUCAUGAACACAUUCAGUGUGGUGCCCUCGCCCAAGGUCUCAGACACGGUGGUGGAGCCCUACAAUGCCACUCUCUCAGUCCACCAGCUCGUAGAGAACACAGAUGAGACCUACUGCAUUGAUAACGAAGCCCUCUACGACAUCUGCUUCAGAACCCUAAAGCUGACCACGCCCACCUAUGGUGACCUGAACCACCUGGUGUCGGCUACCAUGAGUGGGGUCACCACCUGCCUGCGCUUCCCAGGCCAGCUCAAUGCUGACCUGCGGAAGCUGGCUGUGAACAUGGUGCCCUUUCCCCGCCUACAUUUCUUCAUGCCUGGCUUUGCCCCGCUGACCAGCCGAGGCAGCCAGCAGUACCGGGCCCUGACCGUGCCCGAGCUCACCCAGCAGAUGUUUGAUGCCAAGAACAUGAUGGCCGCCUGUGACCCCCGCCACGGCCGCUACCUGACGGUGGCAGCUGUGUUCAGGGGCCGCAUGUCCAUGAAGGAGGUGGACGAGCAGAUGCUCAACGUGCAGAACAAGAACAGCAGCUAUUUUGUCGAGUGGAUCCCCAACAACGUGAAAACUGCUGUCUGUGACAUCCCACCCCGGGGGCUAAAAAUGUCCGCCACCUUCAUCGGCAACAGCACGGCCAUCCAGGAGCUGUUCAAGCGCAUCUCGGAGCAGUUCACGGCCAUGUUCCGGCGCAAGGCCUUCCUGCAUUGGUACACGGGCGAGGGCAUGGACGAGAUGGAGUUCACCGAGGCCGAGAGCAACAUGAACGACCUGGUGUCCGAGUACCAGCAGUACCAGGACGCCACGGCCGAGGAGGAGGGCGAGUUUGAGGAGGAGGCGGAGGAGGAGGUGGCCUAGGGCCAUCUGCUAGCGGGGAAGCGGGUGAACUCUUUAUUCACUCCACCUGUUUGGAUAUCCGUGUCUCACUGUCUCACUUGCUGUUCUUCUGUCUUGCGUCACAUGCUGUACAGACACGUCCAUUAAAGCAUUUUCAUAG